CCCCAUAUGGGCCUAGUGAAUUGACAUUAGAUACGGCUGUAACCUGUUUCGAAUAAAGGGGGGUAUAUGUAUGUAAAUAUGGUAUAUAUGCAGGGUUUUAAUGAAUAAAAUAUUGGAAUUAGGAAAGGGUUUGAGGCUGAGGGUUUUGAGCUCUCAUCUGGGAGGGGAAGUUACACAUACCAACAUGGCGUCCGAGUCUGAGAAGGAAGCUGCUCUGUCUGCCAGACCUGAUGAUAAACCAACUAUAUUUGACAAAAUACUGCAGAAGGAGAUCCCCAGUACUGUGGUUUACGAGGAUGGUGAGGUCCUUGCAUUCAGGGAUAUUGCACCGCAGGCACCUACUCACAUAAUUAUUAUUCCCAAAGUAAAAGAUGGUCUGACUGGCCUAUCUCAGGCAGAAGAGAGGCAUGAACAUAUUUUAGGUCACUUGUUAUACACUGCAAAAGUUAUUGCAAAGCAAGAAGGACUAUCUGAUGGCUUUCGAAUCGUCAUAAAUGAUGGUCCUAAUGGAUGUCAAUCUGUGUAUCACCUGCAUGUUCAUCUUAUUGGUGGAAGGCAAAUGAACUGGCCUCCUGGCUAAUUCUGGAUCCAUUGCAAGCAUGAUUCUAAAAUUCUACCCCUAGUUCAAAUGCUGCUAUUCUAAAAUUCUACCCCUAGUUUAAAUGCUCCUAAGUGAGCCUGAACAAUUAAAUAUUGAUACCCGGAUUUACACACUUUUUAGUAGUUAUAAUAUUGAAAGUUGCUACUAUUAAUUGGAAGGCUUCUUAUAUCACUGAUAAAGAUGCACAGUAUUUAGUGAAAUGGGCUUUUUCUUAUCAAUAUAAUUACGUGCUGCAUAAGUUGUUUA